AGUUAUAACGCCUCUUACUCUUACAUUAUAGUUUAAGUUGAAUUUCAAUUCACUCAUUAUCAGUUUGACACGAAUUCAUUUUAAUCAGUUUCAAAUAUUUAUACCUACAUAGCUAUUUUGGUGAAAUGGAUCGGGUUAAAUGUGCUUAUGAAAACUUGGACACCGAAUCGGAGCAACUUUUAAAUGAAAAUUAUACGAUUCAGUUCAGAAAAAAUAAUAUAAAAUGCGAAGGUUUUUUCUUACCAUUUUCAUUCAAAAAAUUUGCAGAAGCGAUUAGAAAAAUGGAAGUCCGAGAUGAUGAUAUUUGGGUGUGCAGUUUUCCAAAAGCGGGAACAACUUGGGUACAAGAAAUGGUCUGGUGCUUGGCGAAUGGAAAACACCACGAAGAUAUUAGAAAACCCAUCAAUGAUCGAUUCCAAUUCUUAGAAUUCUCCGCUAUACUUGAUUUUACCACAGUUAAAGGGCUUCCAGAAAAUUCGAUAGGAGAUAUCGAGAAACUAGCUUCUCCUCGAUACAUAAAAACUCAUCUACCAUUCAAUCUGCUUCCAGAAAAAUUACAGAAUUUUUCAACCAACGCCAAAGUCAUUCAUGUAAUGAGGAACUCAAGAGAUACGUUGAUUUCAUAUUAUCAUCAUCACAAAUUAUUCCAUGACUACAAAGGAUCUUUUCCUCAAUUUGUGGAGCUGUUUUUCAAAGGAUUAGUAUAUUACGGACCGUUUCCAGUUCAUUUGAAAGGAUAUUUAGCGCUUGAAAAAAAUCCGAAAAUAUUAUUCCUAAAAUACGAAGAAAUGCAAAAAGAUUUGAAAUCAGUAAUCCGUAAAACGUCAAAUUUCAUCGACAAAAGCAUAAGUGAAAGUGAAACGGAAACAUUACUCGAUCACUUAUCGUUUUCUAGCAUGAAAAAUAAUCCAGCUGUGAAUUAUACCAAAAACUUGGAAGAAAGAAAACAACUGAAGUUGGUUGACGACACCGCUUGUGACUUCCAGUGGAUAUUGUUUUCAGGUGGAGUAGUAAAACAAAAACAAAUAUUGACUUGCAGGGGUGCAAGUGGAAAUAUCCUUGCUUGUGUCUAUGCCUCUGGUACAGGCACUGUGAAGACUAAUUUUAAUGGUGAAUGCUAUUAACAUUACGUGACCCAUCUGCUGAGCGAUACCGCACCAUAUUUUGGAAAUUUUUUUUUAGUUUUUUUAGCUCAUCGAAUAUAGUUUUUCUUGAGCUUUCGAAUAGUGAAAAGAGAUUGAAAAAAAGUUUCCAACUGUCGGAGAAAUGAUUUUUAAAACAUUUCAGCUUUUACCAUAUAAGCAAUAAAAUUAAAAAGCCAAGAAAAAUGUAAUUAAAAGUUUAGAAAAAGGGGGGGGGGUUUGAGAAUUUUGAGAAACUAAUAGGCUUACUAUUUCCUAUCACGUUUAUUUAGAUUUUUACAUCGUUUUCCAGAGUUUAUAAUUCUGCAUAUGCAAAAUAGAAACCAUACCAUAUGUCGUAUACCUACCUAAUACGUAUACAGGGUGCCCAGAAAUAUCGAGUACCCCUAAGAAAGUUUUUCAUUAAAAAUAUAGGUUGGCAACGUGAAAUAGAUGCAUAUGAUUGGUGGAAUGUUAUCUCUCCAGUUCAACAACCAAUCAUGUGCUAUCAUUAUUAUCAUUCACUAUGACCAACCAAAGUAUUUUAGUAGAAAACUUUUUUAGGGGUAAGUACUCGAUAUUUCUGGGCACCCUGUACAGUAUACAUACCUACCUAGUUAUCGCCUUUUCGCCGACUAAUGGUAUGAGUUACAAAAACGUGGUUUGGAGGAAGAAGGGAGUGCAUUUUGAAGUCUGGCCAUCAGUAUCAUUGGAAAGUUUGGGGUAUGAAGUACACAAAACUAUCAAAAAAAUAUAUUAUACCUAAUUACCUACCUAUAUAAAUAUUGUUUGCCAUUUUUUCGGAAAUUGUACAGUAUUGAAUUUGCAUUAACCCUACGGCAGAUUCCAUCCAAGUUGGACCAACCACAGAUAUUGCUCCUGUAAAAUAACACGUUCAUUGAUUACAUCAAUUGUUAGGUAAAAAGCAAAAAGCAAAAGCUGUCAAAAAUCAGUAUUUCCUGGGGUAAGUAUAAAAAACAAGAAGUUUAUUCUUUGCUUCAAAAUUUUAAAAUUUGAAUGAUGAUUUUUUUAAAAAAUUCAAAAAAAGCAAAUGAGACCGAGUGAGGCGAGGCCAAAAGCUUUAAAAAUUUAUGUUUUGAGAAGUAAAAAAAAAGUUUCUUUUU